AUGACGGCCGAGAGCGGGCCGCCGCCGCCGCAGCCCGAAGCGCUGGCGACCGUGAAGGAGGAGCGCGGCGAGGCGGCGGCGGGGGCCGGGGUCCCGGCGGAGGCCGCGGGUCGCGGAGGCGGCGGGCGGCGACGCAAGCGCCCCCUGCAGCGCGGAAAGCCGCCCUACAGCUACAUCGCGCUCAUCGCCAUGGCCAUCGCGCACGCGCCCGAGCGCCGCCUGACGCUGGGCGGCAUCUACAAAUUCAUCACCGAGCGCUUCCCCUUCUACCGCGACAACCCCAAGAAGUGGCAGAACAGCAUCCGCCACAACCUCACGCUCAACGACUGCUUCCUCAAGAUCCCGCGCGAGGCCGGCCGCCCGGGCAAGGGCAACUACUGGGCGCUCGACCCCAACGCCGAGGACAUGUUCGAGAGCGGCAGCUUCCUGCGCCGCCGCAAGCGCUUCAAGCGCUCGGACCUCUCCACCUACCCCGCCUACAUGCACGACGCGGCCGCCGCCGCCGCAGCCGCCGCCGCCGCUGCCGCCGCCGCCAUCUUCCCGGGCGCCGUGCCCGCCGCGCGCCCGCCCUACCCGGGCGCCGUCUACGCGGGCUACGCGCCGCCGCCGCUCGCCGCGCCCCCUCCGGUCUACUACCCCGCCGCGUCGCCGGGCCCGUGCCGCGUCUUCGGCCUGGUGCCCGAGCGGCCGCUCAGCCCGGAGCUGGGGCCCGCGCCGUCGGGGCCCGCCGGCUCCUGCGCUUUUGCCUCGGCCGGCGCCCCGGCCACUACCACCGGCUACCAGUCCGCGGGCUGCGCGGGGGCCCGGCCAACCAACCCCGCGGCUUACGCGGCCGCCUACGCGGGCCCCGACGGCGCAUACCCGCAGGGGGCCGGUGGCGCGCUCUUCGCCGCGGCAGGUCGCCUGGCGGGGCCCGCCUCGCCCCCCGCGGGUGGCGGUGUCGAGGCGGCCGUGGACUUCUACGGGCGCACAUCGCCCGGGCAGUUCGGAGCAUUGGGGCCCUGCUACAAUCCUGGCGGGCAGCUCGGAGGGGGCAGCGGAGGCGGCUACCACCCUCGCCAUGUGGCCGCCUAUCCUGGCGGGGUGGAUCGGUUCGUGUCCGCCAUGUGA